AUGGCCACAAAGAGUUCCCGCCCGCCACCCACCACCAUAUACCGCACUCGCACCACACGUGCCGAGAUCAAGUCGGCCGCGGACCUGAUGCUGCAAAAUGCAAUUGCUCAAGCAGCCGCCCCUUCGCCAGCACCCGCCCUGGCCCCUGGGACGACCUUUUCGACGGCCUCCACCGCAAUUAGCAGUCCUGAUGAUGUCCCAGAUCCUUUCAAACCAUUCUCCCAAUCUGACGCCAGCAGUCUACUGCAAGAGUUAACUAUCGAUGAGCGUAAAGCGAGUGUCGCGAUACCCCGACAAUCCACGGCAGGAAUGUUCAAGGCCGUCGUCUCCACCGAUUUGCUCUUCCUCCUUGAUACAACCAGGUCCAUGGGUUCCUACAUGGAAGCCGCCAAGCAGCAAGUCAGGAAAAUUGUCGACGAGAUUGGCAAGGCCUUUUUCAAUGAGGCUGAGAUCCGCAUGGCCGUGGCAUCAUACAAGGACCACCAGUUCAGUCCAAAUGUUCAGUUUCUCGACUUCACCACAUCCGUUGAUCAAGUACACUCCUUCCUUGCAGGCCUGAGCAUUGCGCCAUGGUAUGGGGAUCGCCCCGAAGAUGUUCUCGGUGGAAUUCAACAAGCGGUCAACGCUUCGUGGAAGAACCCAACCAGAUGCAUGAUUCAUAUUGGGGACGCACCCUCGCAUGGCCGCAACUUGCACGACAUGAGCGACACGGCAGAUCGCUUUCCCAACCCCGGCACCGAGCCACACGGCCUCACGUACGGGCCGCUGCUUAAGCAAAUGAUAUCGAAACGUAUCAACUACGUCUUCCUUCGAAUCAAUAAUACCACGGAUCGCAUGGCAUUCACAUUUUCCAAUGAGUAUGCCGCGGCUUUGGCCGACACCACGCUACUCAAAACCAACAAGUACUACAGCACGUUGAGCACCAACGUCCAGCGCAAUCCCUCGGGUGCUUUGAUGUUCCGGGAGGUUGAAUUAGGCAUCACGCUCAGCGCGCUGCAGCGUCUCGUUGUCAAUGCGGUUACGGCUUCAGCUACUCGCACAGCUACUCGCACGGCUUCCCGCAUACGCAAGCCAGGGAACGACAGUUCGCCAGGUUCGAAACUUUCAGGCAUCGGCGAGGAGGACGACGAUGAGGACGAUCAAGAGGAUGCCAACGACCCGUCAGCUUUGCCAAUCGAGACCGUCUCGCCACAGUGGGAAGAGUCAGAUUGGUUCGAAGAGACGCUCAGCAUGCAAGGCUUCUCACUGAAUGUGAAUCACGGCGCCAACACACUCAACGAGAUGAUGGAACGAGACAACAACGAUGGGCUUAGCAUGCUGAUGCUUACUAUUUACAAACGGAGACUGCCGUUUGCCAAAGGCAAACUUCGUAUGGCCUCAUAUGCCCGCACAGUGUCAUCUACCAAUUCCUACGUGGCCAAGUCGUUUAUCAAGAAAGCACCACAGAUUGCUUACCUGGUUGAAGACAUGCGGUGUCAAGCGCUGUGCAAAGCAUUUGCUUUGGAGUUCAACGCUCUGCUGGUGGACAGUUCCAGACAUUCAAUCGACUUUAUCGCGACGGCCUGCUUCAAGGGCAAGUCGGAGCUCAAGUCGGGCGAUGAACUCAUAUCCAUCGAGCCUUACAUUGGCGUUGACUAUGUCAAGUACAACACCAAUGCCGGUUGGGUCAACGAUUUUCAAGAUCCGUCCAACGAAGCAGCGCAAGCUUUCUCUCACUUUACUUUUGAGCGUUCACGGGGAGCAUUCCUGGCCAGUGACCUGCAAGGUGUUAACGGGCUGCUGACAGACCCUGUUAUCCAUACACGUGAUGAGAACCGCUUCCCAUUAUCCAAAGCGAAUCUCGGUGUUGAUGGCUUCAAGUUUUUCUUUGCCACACAUGAGUGCAACGAUAUCUGUCGAAAGUUGGGCCUUAAGAGCAGCCGCUUGAUGAUCACGUCCGGUAACUACGAUUUUAGGAGUGAUUGGCCCAGCUUACCCGACACGCUAUGCUGCUCUAACAAGCUCUGUGGCAAGAUUUUGCGCCGCGCAGACACCAGAGUGUCAGACAAAUACCCAGGAUACCAGUGGUGUGGGAUGUGCUUUCCACAGUUAGAAUCUACAACGGAAAUGGAGGAUUGUAGGGCGCCUGUCCCACACCACCAGUUUGCGUUGUCCAGAUUUUUCCAUGAGUCACAAGGGAAGAGGGCCCCGCGUAUGUGCCCUGAACACGACAACGAGCAAAACAGGUUCAGCAUGUUUAUGGCCAUACCCGCUACGCCGGCAAUGCUGGGAGGCUGGGCCGGGGCCGGAGCCGGAGCCGGAGCCGGAACCGGGGGCGCCUUUUCAAUGCUUAGCAGCAUGGCAGCGCCCUCAAAGCCCGCCGCGUCCAAAACCACGCAGGCAGAUGCGAGUCUUGUGGCGCUUUGGGACAAGCUGGCAUCUGCAACUGUGAAUUUGGGGGAUGAUUAG